AUGGCUUCUCUUGUGGCCGUAGGAUAUGACUUCAGGCUACGUUCGUCCUCGGGGGUGCCGCGGAAGCAAGGCGCUGAAUCCAGGCUUGGACCGGAGGAAGCGCCCUGUUCGGGAUGCAGUGGCAGCUUCAUCUCUGGGCCUUGUGGUGCUGGUCCGCAGCCAUCCAGGCUGGAGAUCAUUCGCGCCUAUUCCCUUGGCCGGGGCUCUAUGGGCUCUGUGCAGGAGCCGACGCCACGGCAGGGCUGCCAAUGCUGGCGCUGGCCACUGUGCAGUUGGUCAACUUUUGGCCUUGCAUCUGUGCCUUGCAAGGCUGGCGCGUGCAGCUCUGGGCAGCCGCUCCUGCUGGCAUCAUGUAUUGCACUUGGAGGCCUCUCCAUGGCAGGAGUCUGUCUGCCAGUGGCUGUCGCACGGAACCAGGGACGCUGUCGACUUGCUGGUUAA